AUGGCAGAGAAAAGCAAGAUUCUGAUCAUCGGAGGGACCGGAUACAUCGGAAAGUACCUGGUGGAGGCAAGUCGGAAAGCAGGAUAUCCCACUUAUGCAUUAGUCAGGGAGAGCACGGCUUCUAAUCCCGAGAAGUUGGAGCUGAUAGGGAGAUUCAAGAGCUCAGGAGUUUCACUGAUCUAUGGAGAUAUCGAUAAUCGCGAGAGUUUGGUCAUGGCAAUCAAGCAAGUUGAGGUGGUGAUCUCUGCGGUUGGACCAGGACAGCAAUCUGAUCAGUUUAAGAUCAUUGCAGCAAUCAAAGAAGCCGGAAAUAUUAAGAGGUUCCUUCCAUCCGAAUUUGGAGUCGAUGUGGACCUAACGAAUGCGGUCGAGCCAGCUGCGAGCCUUAUCAGGAUCAAAGCCAAGGUCAGGCGAGCGACCGAGGCUGAGGGAAUCCCUUUCACUUAUGUAGUCUCCCACGGUUUUGCCGGCUACUAUCUUUCCAACCUGGGACAAAUUGGCGCUAAAGUCCCCCUGAGAGACAAAAUCACCAUCUUAGGUGAUGGCAAUACAAAAGUCAUUAUUCUCAAGGAAGAAGAUAUAGCCACUUACACUAUCAAAGCAGUAGGUGACCCAAGAACACUGAACAAGAUUCUCUACAUGAGUCCACCAGCGAACAUCCCGAGCUUCAACGAGAUCAUUUCCCUCUGGGAGAGGAAGAUCGGGAGCACCCUUGAGAAGACGUACAUUCUGGAAGACGAGCUUCUCAAGAAUAUCCGUGAGUCUCCAUUUCCAAUCAACAUGAUUUUGUCGGUCAGCCACUCGGCAUUCGUGAAGGGGGAUCAUGCAGCAAAUUAUGAUAUCAACGCUUCGAUCGGAGCCGAGGCUUCAGAGCUCUAUCCAGAAGUGAAAUACACAACUGUGGAUGAAUGCCUCAAUCUCUUUGUGUAGCUGAGGAUUGGGAACUUCAUU